GAUCAGGCAUUUUUUACCGAUAAAUUGGAAAUAGUAGCAGGGGUAUCUCCAGUCUCAUUAUGAUUUUGGUCACAAGGCAACUAUGUGGGGCCGUGAAUCUCUUCAUCGUUCUUGGCCAUGUUCUUGGCUAUUCAGAAGAUUUUGAAGAAAGAUCUGGCACUACCCCUUCGCUCGAUGAUUGUUUGUGCUUCAAUAAUUCGAUCUCAAGUGCAUCGUCAUCUUCAUCAACUACUCUAAUUGUUUCCAUAAAUACGUUAGUCACGAACACUUCGUCGUCAUCGCCGUCAACAGCAAUGCUGACAACCACUACCGGAUCGUCAACAAGCACAUUGGCAUCGACUACAGCACCCGCUGUUUCAACUACAGGGACGUCAACGCCUUCUCGCCCUUGCAUCAGUUUUGGAGAAUCUGCGGUUCCGCUCGAAUGUCCUCCAGAUGGACAAGUUGGUUUGAUUGUCCAUAACAUAACAUUUGAUCCCGAUGGUGCGGGUCCUUGCUCUUUUAUGCUCGAAUCGCCGAGAUUUUCAAUUCCAGCCAAAACGUACCCCAAUGCAAAGGGACCUGAGGGUUACCAAUGCAUCUUCAAGUUUACGUCAACGGAUACCAGUCGCAAAAUACUAAUGAACUUGAAACAAGAUGAUUUUGAUUUGCCUGGUGACAGACCUAGUUGUGUUGAUGACAAACUCGUAUUACCCGAGGUUCGAGAUGGUGGUUUUACCAUGUGUGGUACUUUUAACCGAGAUCGAAAUUUCACCUCCCAGGGUGAUACUAUAACAGCGCAAUUCUUUGUGAACCAAAAUAAUGAAGGCACUCGAGGCGAUGGUUUCAAAUUCACGGUCACUUCUAUUCCAGGUUCGUGAUAGUCCUGGAAGAUGAAGGACCUGGGUCAAAUCCGUCCAUUACUGUUACAUGAACCACAACCACUGAUGACAUUUUGUAUUAUCCACUGUUGGCGAACUAUGCAAAUGAGCUCUUGCUGCUGGCUUUCUCCUCUAUUAUUAAAGGUUUACUUUUCAUACUAGUUUUCGCCUUGUGUUUUUCAACAACUCGACAAAAUACAUGGUCAAACGUUUGAUUUGCUCUGGUAAA